UUCAGCAUGGCGGCUAUUCCCCCGGACUCCUGGCAGCCACUCAACGUUUACUUGGAGACCAGCAUGGGCAUCAUCGUGUUGGAGCUGUACUGGAAGCAUGCCCCAAAGACCUGCAAGAACUUUGCUGAGCUGGCGCGUCGAGGCUACUACAACGGCACCAAAUUCCACCAAAUCAUCAAAGACUUCAUGAUCCAGGGAGGCGACCCGACAGGGACAGGUCGAGGUGGUGCAUCCAUCUAUGGCAAACAGUUUGAAGAUGAACUUCAUCCUGACUUGAAAUUCACUGGGGCUGGCAUUCUCGCAAUGGCCAAUGCUGGGCCAGACAUCAACGGCAGCCAGUUCUUUGUGACGCUCGCUCCCACCCAGUGGCUGGAUGGCAAGCACACCAUUUUUGGCCGAGUGUGCCAGGGUAUCGGAAUGGUGAAUCGAGUGGGAAUGGUGGAAACCAACUCCCAGGACCGCCCUGUGGACGAUGUGAAGAUCAUUAAGGCAUACCCUUCUGGGUAGACCCACUGCCCUUGGCAAGCACCCCCAGGUCUUCGGGGAGGGCCCCAGCUGCAUGACACAGAAUGACAACUAACUGUACACUCCCUUGGUUUAGCCUCCAGUACCAUGGAGUUAGGGAGG